GCGAGGACGGAGCUGCCUACAGAAGGCUAAUAACCAUGCCAACCGAGGAAUAUAGCGCGCGCCGCUGACAGGGGAGAACGAGAGGGGGGGAAACCCUGGAAGAAGAGACCAUAAAAAUAUACCUAUACACACAUAAAGUGGAGGAGAGAGGACACGCGAGGCGUCCUGGUUUCCUGCAGGGGGGAAGACGAAGACACGGAGCUGCUAUGAUUCUCUCCCUGGCCGCAGCAGCCAUGAGUAGCGGCAGCGGCAGCAGCCUCAACUCCUCCUCCCCCCUCGACCCCUUCGACUCCUCCACCUCCUGGAGCCUGGCUGAGGACCCUUCCAACUCCUCCUCCGAACCUGUCGUGCGAACUCUGACCCCUGACCUCCAGCCGGCGACCACCGCUGUAGCCAUCCAGGAAGUCAGCCCCUGGGAUAUCGCACUUUGCGUGACCGGGACGCUCAUCUCCUGUGAGAACGCUCUGGUGAUCGCCGUGCUGUUCUACACGCCAACUCUCCGGGCUCCCAUGUUCAUCUUGAUUGGAUCGCUGGCGGUGGCGGACCUUCUCGCCGGCUUGGGCCUCAUCUUGAACUUUGUCUUCACUUACUUGGUCGACAGCUCGGUGGAGUUUGUGACGCUGUUGUCGGUUGGACUGCUCAUCUCGGCCUUCUCUGCCUCCGUCCUCAACAUCCUUGCCAUCACAGUGGACCGUUACCUGUCGCUGUACAACGCCCUGACCUACCACACUGAGCGGACAGUCACCUUCACCUACGUGAUGGUGGUCUUCAUCUGGGUGUCAUGCCUAACGCUCGGCUUGCUGCCGGCGCUCGGCUGGAACUGUCUGAGGGACGAGUCCACGUGCAGCAUCUGCCGACCCGUCACCAAAAACAACGCCGUGGCGCUCGCCGUCACCUUCCUGCUGGUCUUCGCCCUGAUGAUGCAGCUCUACCUGCAGAUCUGCAAGAUCGCCUUCCGCCAUGCGCAGCAGAUUGCCGUGCAGCACCAGUUCGUGGCCAUCUCCACCACCAAAGGCGUCUCCACACUGUCGGCCAUCUUGUGUGCCUUUGGGGCGUGCUGGCUGCCGUUUGCCAUGUACUCCAUAGUGGCCGACUCUAGCUACCCCGUAAUAUACACCUACGCCACGGUCCUCCCGGCUACCUGCUGCUCUGUGAUCAACCCCAUCAUCUAUGCGUUCCGAAACCCGGACAUCCAGAAGUCGCUGUGGAUGGCCUGUUGCGGAUGCGUGCCAUCCAACCUCUCUCUCAGACCCAGGACCUCCAGUGAUGUGUAGCAGGGAAGGUUGGUUUCUGUCUGGCAUGAUGCUUGACGCUGAGUCAGGGUUGUCGGAGGGCGAGGAUGAAACGGGGAACAGGAAAUCUGGAGGUGAGAGGUUGAAGGUUACAGCCGAGGAAAGAGAUUUCCUCUACUCUUCAUAUCAGGGCUGGUAGGCUGAUGGGGAAUGCAUGGCUGGCCACGGUAAAAGUGGCACGGGAAUGGGGAGAAGCCAGGACAGUGCAUGGUCAAAAAAAAAACCGAUAGAGCUAAUAAAGGAGAGAACCAUGAGAGCGAAGGAGGUGGCGUGAAACCAACUGCAAAAACCUGAUUUUUAAGGUAUCCUCAUGAUGGUGGCAGGAGAGGCAGGGGGUGUGUCGGGUGACUUUUCCAACUAACCUCCAUCCGGGUGCGAGAAGUGAGGCCUACUUCUCCAGAGUAGCAUAUAUGUGACAGUAGGAUUCAGAAGGAAGUGUCCUAAAAUCUCUGUAGGACACGAGCUUGGGCAGCACUGCAUGGUUAUGCAAUCAGAAGGAGUGAAACAGUCUUAAAAUACAGUGUGUGUUUUCACUGAUGUGUUUGAAAUUAAGUGGAUAAAAAUACAAUGAGCUAAAUAUACACAACGAAUGACCUUGAGUAUUCUCAACGAGCUAUCUUUGCAGUCUUCUCCUGACGGGAAAACAAGAAUAUUUCCUCCCUUGAAACACAUUUUAACGACCAUGUUCCCUUGAUCUGAUGCAGAUUAAGUCAUUAAUGAGUUUAUAGACAGAGAGUGCAACAAUAAUUAACUCUUAUGUGCUGAGAUUGGAAAUUGGAUGGUGUUCGUGAUCAUUAACAUAGCUCGUCUGCCAAGCCCGUUUUGACUUUUCCCAAUGCCAACAGCACAAUCUGCAUUUUGUCAAAUGCAGUAACACAUUUCAAUGCAUGAAGCUGGCAUAAAAAAAAUGUGCUCCUCCUAAUCAUGUAGCAUUCCUCCUCACACACAAGCUGGUCCACCAGGCUCCCUAACACAUAGAUAACCCCCGACUGGUUUGCAAAACCUAGAGAGGGGUUUCCACAUUUAGUCCAGCGCGUGUCGUCCUUGGUGUGAUGAAAUCAAAUCUGCUCCUGGUCUGAGGGAGGAGAGAAAAAAAAACGGGUUUCUCAGCCAGCCGCUGCGCCGUGACUGUGAAGUAGAGAGAGCUGAAUUCAGCACCAAGGACAGCGCCACUGCAGAGUGCUGCUACCCUGGGAAUGCUCUCUGCUGCGGGGGGGAGAGCGCCGGAAAGUAGGCUACGCUGUUCUCUACACACCAUCUUGAUAGGGACUGUGAGACGGGUUUUAAAGGGCCAUUCCGGCUUGACUGGAGUUUUGGUGCUUUUUUGCAACAGAUGCAGUGUUGACUGAUGGAUUAUUUUCACACAUACAUGAUGGAUAAAGGUAUUUUAAAUCAUUUCUGCUGGGUUAUUUGCAUGAAUCAGUCUUGAGAAGACAGAAUUUGUCCAAUUAAGGCUAUCACUGUGACUCAGAGAGCAGCUUUUAUUUUGAAAUCACUCCCAUAUUGUGCUUGAAGAGUAGCAAAUGUCAAACAAGAAGCUUUCACCAGCUCACGUGUCAAAUUUGAGAUGGUAAGGCUUCAUUUUACACAUUCAUGCCUUUAAUUUGCUGAAUUCUUCAGGUAGUAGCUAAUAUUUCCACCUUUGUUUAAAGAUAUUUACAUAAAGACAUUUAAAAUGAAGGCCACACUGACACCAAGACACUGAAAACCCUUUGUCAGUGAAGUAAAAUAAGCAAGCACCGACAGAAAAUGACUCCAAUCAUGCUCAAAUUGUUCUUAAAUACCCACUCAAGGUCCUACAGCGCGACUGUGACCCCAUCCUUUCUACCCUCCGCCGUUCUCUGGCCUCUCUUGUAUCUCAGAAAUUAUGCAUGAGGAAAACAAUGUAUGGCCCCCAUGAGUGCCGGUAAAGCACGCCUUCUGACACGGGCAAGGUGAAAGCAGCUGAUGUUUUCCAGAGGCAGACGGGACCUCGGCGAUUAUCUACAUCUGCGUAUCGCCUCUUCGGCUCUAAAUUUAGAGACAGCAUUCCAACUCCAUUGCCCGAUUGAUUAUCCAUUAGCUAGAGCUGAGCACAAUCCAUACUGAACGGGUCAUUUUUCAUGGAGACGGCUUUGGAUGGCUACAGUGGAUUCAAGUUGUACAGGUUGCCACAGUCACAUUACUGCUAUCAGUGCCAGACCUAGAUCAUGUGGUACCUUCGGCAAGCCAACCCCUACCCACCAAAAAACCUAGUAUUACUGUAAGUAUAUUUUUGUACUGUAUUCAUUCCUAAUGACAAUUCAACACAAAUACACAACUUCGCUAACAAACGAUAACUAUUAAGGCCACACACAAUGACAUCAAUUUGUUAGCUGGAGGCAAAACACGACUCUCCACCACAGGGCUGUAGGCUCCAUAGUAUGCAUAAAUAAAUAUGUCGUCUUGUUGUGUUAUUGGGAGCCAGAAUAGAAGGAGUCAUGGCUCAAAACUUAAAUUUUAUUGUAUCAGCUGCCACUGCCCGUUAACAAAAACAGCUAUAGCUACAGCUAGACAAUUAUGGUUAAAUGCGAUAAGACGAAAGGACUGGAUGAAGGUGAUCAUCAAAAAUGCUUGCAUGUUACAGAAAAGGCAUUUACUGUUGUAGAGAUGAAUAACGUUAUGUGUAUUAAGGGUUAUCAUGUCCACCUCAUCAGAAACUGGGGAGGUAUUAAGAGGAAAAUC